AUGGGAGAUGUUCAAUCUCCUCCCAACGUCACCGAGUAUCCUAUUGUGAACUCUCACCAGGGCUUAAACGCAAACGCUGCAAGUGUUUCGCCCAUUCUUCUAGACGAGAAGUCGAGGAUGGAAGCUCAAGGCAUCCCCCAUCUGCAGCAUCAGCAGUACGGCCCUCCGCAACAUGCCUUUUCGUCUCAACUCGACAUGGCUCAGCAGCCCGCAGCCGGUCGCCCCGGGAAUUUCAACAUGAACAACAUGGCGAACGCGCUGCCCCAGUCAAGCAUGAGGCAUGGGCAUUACGUGCCCGGUGGCCAGCCGCAGCAUCAACAGCAGCGAUUCAGCCCGGCCACAUCCUCGCCUUCGAUGAUGCCGCAGAUGCCACAGAUGGCUCCUCAGUAUCCUGGCCAAGGCGCGAUGCCCAUGGGAAACCCGCAAUACUACAUGCCGCAGCACCACCAGAUGCAGCACUACUACACCAACCAGCUCUCUCCGACUCAGCCGCAAGCUCGCCCAAACAUGGGAUACUACCCGAGCCAAAUGGUUAUGAACCACCCGCAGCAUAAUCAGAUCCCUCAAGGGUACUACUAUCCUCCAGCUGGCCACUACUCCCAGAAUCAAGCUCUUCACAAUCCCAUGGUCUCGGCACAGUACAUGGGAACGAACACCGGACACAGCGACCCUAGAGUCAUGCCUCAGAUGCCCAACGGAAUCGACCCUAGCGGACAUGCGAUCUGGGUUGGAAAUCUUCCGCCUCAAACCGACCUCAUGAACCUCGUCCACCACGUGUGCAAGGAGGCAAACGGCCUCGAGUCCCUAUUCUUGAUAUCGAAGAGCAACUGUGCAUUCGCCAACUUCAAAGACGAACAAACAUGCGUGACGGCUCAACAAAAAUUACACGAUUCUAAAUUCCAGUCCGUUCGCCUGGUCAGCCGCUUGCGCAAGAGCACUGUCGAGGGCGCAACAGGUGUUACAGCACCUACAGGCCCAGCGGCCUCUUCUGGAUCGCAAACGCCUCACGAUGUCGCUGCACCGCCAAGCGCUACUGAAGCUACUCCCGAAGUGGUAGUGGCAGAGUCCAAUGAUGUCAAGCCCGUCACCGCAGUAGAAGCAACAUCUCAGAAGGAUAAGUUCUUCAUCCUGAAAAGUUUGACUGUGGAGGAUCUCGAGCUUAGUGUCAGGACGGGGAUCUGGGCAACCCAGUCUCACAAUGAGGAUACGCUGAAUGCCGCUUUCAAUGCCGUCGACAAUGUUUACUUGGUGUUUUCUGCGAACAAAUCGGGCGAAUAUUUCGGAUACGCAAGAAUGACAUCUCAAAUUAACGAAGACCCGGACGCCGCUAUCGAGUUUGCCCCCAAGGCACAGUCCGCUAACGAUGUCGACUUGCCGAAGGCAAUUCCUACCGAAUCCACAGAGUACGCGCCCAAGGGCAGGAUCAUUGAUGAUUCGGCCCGUGGCACCAUCUUCUGGGAAGCAGAGCGUGAGGAUGGAGAGAGUGGUGACGAGGAAGAGGAAACCGAAAUGGAACAGAGCGAUGCGAGCAGCCGUAAGAGCGGGAACCAAGAAGCCGAUGGUAACACCAAGGCUUGGGGGAAGCCCUUCAAACUCGAAUGGCUGUCGACGGCACGACUGCCAUUUUACCGCACCAGGGGUCUUCGUAAUCCAUGGAACUCGAACCGCGAGGUCAAGAUCGCGAGAGACGGCACCGAGCUGGAACCGUCCGUCGGAAGAAGGCUGAUUGGGCUCUUCAAUAGAGUUCAGAGUCCUGGUCCAGGUUCAGUGCCGGCUAUGCGACCCGGAAUGGCGAUGAUUGCAGGAUAUCCGCCCAUGAGGCCACAGUACCAACAAUAA